AUGCUCUUCGUCGAAGUUAAGGUAAGGUCUCCUGAUCGCUCCUAGGAUGCCCACAGCCUUCUUUGCUAUCUUGGAGCAGUGAGACGAGGGAUAGAGAGUGGACGUCAUCCACACACCAAGAUCCUUUACCUCAUUUGCAAGCUCGAGUUCGUGACUGCCAAGGAAAUAGUGAUAUUCAGAUCCCAAAUCCUUUCUGCAACUAAACCUUAGUCGGAUGAAUUGACAUUUGUUGAAAUUGGGGUUGAGAAUCCAUUCAUCACACCACUGUUGCAGUCGGUCUAAGAUGUUCUGCGUGUUUGGCGCGUCCUCUGGCUUUUCAGUUGAAUUCCACAUCUUCGAGUCAUCUGCGAACAUUACAUUCUCGCAGGUUGGGCAGUCUAGACAAUCGUUCACAUAUAUCAGGAACAGAAUAAGACCUAGGACGCUCCUCUGUGGCACACCGCUGUGAACGGUUUCCCACUCCGAUUUGGCAUCACCAAUGUACACCCGAUGACGUCCGGCUGUGACGAAGUCGGUCAACUACUUGAGAGGUUUAUGUAAACUUCAUCAACUGACAAACCCAUCUCUAGGAAUUUCGUCCAGCUUUCCAUGGAUACGAGAAGGUUAGUGAGACAGGAUCGACCACCUCUUAAUCCAUGUUGAUGCUCACUAAGCAAACUGUUCUCCUUUAUAUGUUUCAUCAGUUUUCUUUUCACUAUUUUUUCCAUUAUUUGCAACAAAUUCUUAUGAGACGCACUGGACUGAAGCUAUUUGGCGAGGUUCUUUCUCCCCCUUUAUAUAUGGGAAUGAUUUUGGCUAGCUUCCGGUCAGUAGGCAGAGCUCCUACUUCCAUGGUACUUUCGAAGAUCUUGGAGAGUAGGGAGGCUAGUUGGUCUGCGAGUUCAUAGAGAACUUUUGCGGAUAAACCAUCCGGACCAGGCGAUUUGUGACGGAACUACCCUGAUUGAAGUUAGUCAAAAAGCCAGGUCUGGACCGAAAAUCUACAUCCUCACUUCGAGGACUUGUUAGCAAACGAUGCAAACCAUCAAGUAUUAUAUUCCGUGGUGGUGUAGGGGUGUUCAGUUGAGGGUGCACGUGAUGGUCGUAGCGGGUCGGUUACUUGCUUGAAGGUGUAGACUACGCGUAGUGUCUGUUUGCCGACACCAAAUUCUCACAUGUGGUUUCCGAAGCUUGGCUCUACCUAGCGGCCACACUCCGACAACCACCUCGACAGGCGGGCUAAGCCUGCUGAGGAUGUCCGUGUGUUCAUCUUCACACACUGUAACUCGGCUCUGCUCCCACCUUCGGGGGGCCGGAUGGAUCACUACCACGACAUCACCGAGAUUGGGCUCCGUGUGCCACCCCGUAGGAGGCCACACGCCCUCAGAAAACUACUGACUCAGGGGCUGGAAGACCACCCCAAUACUUCUUCUCCGCAGCUAUUCUGAGUCCAUCUUCUCUGCGUCUUACUCUCGCCACCCUCUCCUCUACUCUACCCUCUUACCCCACGAUCGAACGUCCCAUGGAUCACCGCAUCGCCACCCCCCAGAUAACGCUUCGUCCGCAACCCCGCUUGAGGCCACAAGGUAAGUUACCGCCUCCCGCCCCCCGUAGGUAGGCCAAAUAUUGCUCUGUCGCCUCUGCUUUUUGCUUGUUUUUGCUUGCUCACCCUUGUCUGCUCGUCUGUUUUUGUCCUUGUUUUAAGUCAGAUAUCGUUCUGUUGACUUUUUCUGCUCAGCGUCUGUAUUUUAAAAACCAGUUAGCUCAGAGAGGGACGGAAACUCUGCUUCCCGUCUCUAUGCACUUCCUCCAUCGUCCGCCUUCCCCUCGCUCCAAAAAGUCCAAUGGCGAGUGCGAAAGCGAUCUCGUAGGCAGCCCAGGCUAACUCGGGUGGUUCUCUCCCUUAACAAUGUCACGACUCAGAAUAGAGCUCGGCAGCAGCCUGGGACAACUGAACAGCCCUGUUUAGGGAGAGCACUGCUCGCCCCGCGAGGGGGAUGGGUUAGAAAAGAUGUCCUGAAUAAAUCCUGGGAUCACACCCUCUGCGUGCUGACCGUGGCUUUCAGACGCAAGACACACAGUCGAAUCAAUACUCUCGCCCCGACCGGAACGGAGGGUAACCCUGGUGGCUCGGGAACUGGCGAACUACAAGGUGAACAUCGCGGCACUCAGCGAGACCCGGUUCUCCGAACAAGGCCGACUAAAUGAGGUGGGUGCUUACUGCACCUUCUUCUGGAGCGGUCGCUGUCAUGCGGAGCGACGUGACGCGAGCGUCGACUUUGCCACCCACAAAGUCACCGUGGGACGACUGCCCUGUUUGUCGCGGGACAUCAACGACCGCCUGAUGAAUCUCCACCUGCCCUCCGGUGAGGCAAAUUCGCCACCAUUUUCAGCGUUUACGCUUCCCGAUGACCAGCCCUGA